AGUGAGCUGGGAUUAAAAUCAAGGACUACACUGGCUCUGUGCCUUGUGUAAAGAUAGUGUUCAGUAAAUACUUUUCAAUUGAUUUGAUGAAGUAUGUCAUUCCAGAACCAAUCAAGUGUUCUUCAUAAAUUCAAGGGAAUCCUCUUUUCUACUAUGUCUUCAGAAGAACUUCUAAAUUCCCUGGAUUCUUUUGAUGCAAGAGAAGAUGAUGUGUUUCUGGUUUCCUAUCCAAAAUCUGGCACUCACUGGAUUGCAGAAGUUAUUGAGAACAUUCCCAAUGCUAGGAUUACCCUAACACCUCCUAUUGAACUGGGAGACAUCUCCAAAUUGGAAGAGCUAAAAACAUACAGUGAGAGGAGAGUUAUUCCAACACACUUGAGCUAUGACAUGCUACCGAUGAAUAUCAAACAGAAACAGUGCAAGAUUAUCUACAUCAUUAGGAAUCCAAAAGAUACAGCUGUUUCACUCUUCCACUACUACAGAGAUAACCCUAAUCUCCCCAGCAUUGAAACCUGGCAUGAAUUUCUUGAGCUGUUCCUCAGAGGAGACGUUGUGUAUGGAUCCUGGUUUGAUCACAUUUUAAGUUGGGAGGAACACAAAAAUGCGAAGAACAUUCUAAUUAUAUUCUAUGAAGAAAUGAAGAAAGAUCCUUCUAAAAACAUCAAGAAAAUUACUACUUUCCUAGGUUUAAAUGUAAGCGACAGUGAAAUUAAUAAGAUUGCUUGGAAAACAUCAUUCAGUGAAAUGAAAAAUAAUACAGCUGAAGAAAACUGUGAUCCAAAUCAUACCAUCUGUGCCCUCACAUCUAAUAGGAAGCUGGUAUUUAGGAAAGGUGCAGUGGGUGAUUGGAUAAACUACUUUACUUCAAAGCAGAAGAGAGUAUUUGAUGAACUAUUCACAGAGAAAAUGAAACACAGUGAACUAGCAGGGCACUUCAGAGAUUACUCUUAAUAUAAAUGGGAAAUGCAACCAAUUUCCAUUUUAUGCAAUGCAGUGCUUGGGGAAUACAUAAAUAUUUUUCACCAGUGUGGAAGGCAGAUAGUUCUUUUGGUGAGAAAAAGACACCUUAUGAAAAAGCAUCAUGUGUGAGAGACUAUUAUUAGCAUAUUUGGUGAUAGAUUAUUAUUCAUAAAGGAAGUAUACAAUUUUUGAAUGGCUGAAUUAUAUAUUUGUGUUCAGGAUAUUCAUAAGGCACGGAGAUUUCUUCUAUUCAGAGAGAGCAUAUUACUGUGGGUGUUCUAGAAGUUGCAUUAAGGUACAACAAAAGAGGUGACAGAUUAUCUAAAAUAACAAAUGUCUGAGAAGAAAUUAUUUUCUGCCUAUUUGAACCAUCAGGACCUCUAGACAAACAUUUUUAUUUCAACAGUGUCUGUGUAGAAAUACCUCCAGUGUCAUACAAUGACUGAUAAUGUUACUCUGGUGGGAAUACCUAAUAGAUAGACUAUAUUAAAUGGUCACAGUCUGAUGUAUUGGUGAGAAUGAACAAUGAAAAAGUACUCUUUAUCAUUAACUUGACAUUAGCUUGGCAUUCCAGGAUCUUCUUUAUCUUUAAUAAAGUCAGAUUACAGAAUUUCUUAUUUUCAGUUUUGAAAAGUAUGUUUCCUUGAAUUAUUUAUGAUUUUACAGUAUUUUGAAUAUGUAUGCUUUCUCCCAGAAGCACUUCUAGCAUUAAUCCAAUCUCUAUAAUUCUCUCUCUCCUAAAAUGAAUACUAUUCUGUGACUUUAGCCUAGAGGACACUGUAAUGAAAUUUCAGUAAACUUAUUCUAGAAUGAUUACCUAAAUGACAAUACGCAAGUUGUGAAUAUCUAUGCCAUAUUGUUUACAUCUUGGCCAUAAUAUCUAAUUCAAGGCUAGAUGAAAAUCAAAACUAUAUAUUGUAUAUGACUCUGAGCUACAAGCCCAAAGCAAUGGGUUGAGUUAGUUAAUUCAGCCAAACACUUUGAUUCUGUGCCUCAGUAUAUUGUGAAUCAUUUUCAGCAACAAAUCUGUUGGAUUCUUUUGUUAUCAACUUUAUCACAAUUUGGUAUUAGAUUUUGAUAAAUCUUCUAUGUAUACAUAUGUGUUAUGAAUAAAAUGUAUUUCUGUGCACUUCA